ACACACAGUUCGCAAUGUAAAAGUGACUAAAGUUCUGUGCUAACGACAUCAAACUCAAAAUCAAAUCUCAACAGAAAAAGCUUCUCCGCGCAUCUCUUUCUCUUUAGUGUUUGAAAAUGUCAGGUCGUGGAAAGGGAGGAAAGGGAUUGGGAAAGGGAGGAGCGAAGAGGCACAGAAAGGUACUUCGUGAUAACAUUCAGGGAAUCACGAAACCAGCCAUUCGCCGUUUGGCUCGCAGGGGAGGCGUCAAGAGAAUCAGUGGCCUCAUCUAUGAGGAGACACGUGGCGUCCUCAAGAUCUUCUUGGAGAACGUCAUUCGCGAUGCCGUUACCUACACCGAGCACGCUCGCCGCAAAACCGUUACUGCCAUGGAUGUUGUUUAUGCCCUCAAGAGGCAGGGAAGGACUCUCUACGGUUUCGGUGGUUGAUUCAUUCUAGGGUUUAGUAUUUGCUCCUGCUUGUAAAUGUUUCAUGGAUUAUUGAGCUCGUUGAAGUGUAGUUUGGAUCUUGAGGAAAUGGAAAUAAAUACUUUCUUGUUU